AUGCUGCUAGCAAAACCUGGAUUCGAUCCAAACGAACCGUCAAAAUUAGGGAAGCUUCCAUCAGAACUUGCUAUGAGGCAACAACGUGAAGGGUUGGGCUACAAACAACCUCCACCUAUCCACAUCUCCAUAAAAAGGGUAAGCAACAAUUACAUAACUGUGAAAGAUGAGUCUACUAAUUCUAACAAAAGGCCUUCUGUCUUUGUUCGACUUGGAAGCUCAACGAAGAAGAUUUCUGUAUUUCAGAGGUUAGGGCCAUUGAGAAAGAAAAACAAGGUUUGGAGAAAUAGCAAGAGUAUACAAGCAUCUGCUUUACUAAAAUCUCAAAAUGCUCCUAAAGACUUUCAAAGUCUGAUCCUUUCUAGAAUGAGGCGGCAGACGAACAUUGUGGUCUCAUGUAGAGAAGUACUAAAGGCAAAGUCGCAUGUUGUGUUCUACACCAAGCAACGUGAUGAAGAUGAAGAAAUUGAUGCAUUGAAAGAAAUCAACCUUGGAACUGAUGAAGAUCCAAAACCCACCUAUGUGAAUGCUUCACUUGCGAGUGAUGAGGAAAAACCCUACGUUGACUUACUCAAAGAGUAUAAAGAUGUAUUUUCCUGGAGUUACAAAGAAAUGUCUGGAUUAGACCCGAAGGUAGCAGUCCAUCAUCUUGCUGUGAAAAGCGGUGCACGUCCCAUUAAGCAAGCUCAACGGCAUUUUAGGCCUGAAUUGGUUCCCGUGAUUGAAACUAAAGUUAACAAUCUUAUUGAGGCUGGCUUUAUCCGUGAAGUUAAGGAUCUCAAUAAUGCAUGUCCCAAAGAUGAAUUUCCACUUCCUAUCUCUGAGCUUAUGAUUGAUGCCACUACUGGGUAUGAGGCGAUGUCUUUUAUUGAUGGUUCAUCCGGCUACAAUCAGAUCCGUAUGUCGCUAAAGGAUGAAGAGUUGACCGCAUUCCGCACUCCUAAGGGCAUUUAUUGA